AUGGACGACACAGAUGAUAAUAGCAAUAUUGGGGAUGAACUUUCAGAUUCUGAUGUUGAAGUUAACGACAUUUUGAAUUUUCACACUGAAAAGGGAGCCAUAAAAGAUCCUCAGAGCGUAACCUUUAACAUUACUGGUGAGGAUCAUACUUUGGGAAAUGCUUUACGUUAUAUGAUCAUUCAAAAUCCUGAAGUAGAGUACUGUGGUUAUUCUAUCCCACACCCAUCGGAAGAUAAGCUUAACAUAAGAAUUCAAACAACAGAGAAUACAACGGCAGUAGACGCAUUGCGUAAAGGACUUGAAGAUUUAAAAGCGUUGUGUGCAAAGGUGACCGAAAUAUUUUAUAAAGCUAAUAAAGAUUUUGAUGAGAUUAAUAAUUUAUCAUAA